GGGUUGAGGGAGGGAGGAGCUAAAUCACGUCUCAUCGAUGCUGCCGAUUGACGAAGCAGUUUAUUUUUUCCCAGUGGUGGCACUCGGAGUGAGCCUGUGAACAUGUCCAACGCGGCUGAAGACGUAUGUGGAGGAAGUGUUGCUAAAGGCAACAGGACAGCAACAGACAGGGCAGCAUACACGGAGAACCUAACAGAGACCGAUGCCUUCAUCAGAAGCUCUUUAGCUUUGGAUCCGACAGAGGAAUACAAGAUGGACAACAAGCGACGAGGCCUUGCACUCAUCUUUAACCAGGAGCGCUUCUACUGGCGCCUGGGGUUAAAUGACAGGCAUGGGACCAAUGCUGAUCGCUACAACUUGGAGAAAAGACUGAAAGAGCUGAACUUUGAAGUGAAGGCUUAUGAAAACUACAAACAGACAGAGGUCUUAGACAAAAUCAGUGAAGCCGCAGAGGCCGACCAUUCAGACGUAGACUGCUUUUUGCUCGUCUUCCUGAGCCACGGCGAGAACGAUCAAGUUUAUACCUAUGAUGGAAAGAUCAACGUUCAGGAUAUCACCUCCCUGUUCAAAGGAGACAAGUGCAGGAGCCUUGUGGGGAAACCAAAGAUCUUUAUAUUACAGGCGUGCCGCGGAGACAAGCAUGAUAAUCCAGUGACUGCCUGCGAUGCCGUGGACAGCGAGUUGAAAACAAAUGAGGUGGUGGUGGAUGCUUGUGCUGUACAGACCCUCCCUGCUGGGGCUGAUUUCCUCAUGUGCUACUCUGUGGCUGAAGGUUACUAUUCCCAUCGGGAGACCAUAAACGGCUCCUGGUACGUCCAGGAUCUGUGUGAGCUGCUUCAGAAGUUUGGGGAUUCCCUUGAAUUCACCGAAUUACUCACGCUUGUCAACAGGAAAGUGUCGAUGAGGAGUGUCGGCAACAGUAGCGACCGAAAUGCCAUCGGGAAGAAGCAAGUACCUUGCUUUGCUUCAAUGCUCACCAAGAAACUCUACUUCCGACCAAAAAAGUAACAGUUUUAGACCUCAGGCACGGAAUGAGCUGUUUUUUUUUAAUCACUCCUCCAAGGGAGAUUUUAAAGAUUUUUGUUGUUUUUUUUUAAAUCUUCUUCUGUAUGUUUCUCAAAAAAACUAUGAUUCACUUCUAAGUGCUAUAUUGUCACCAACUGGACUUUUCAUUUGUUCCAGUUUCCUAUGAUGCACCACUUAGAAUUACCACGACUUGGAUGACCGAGUAUCUUGACCAACUAUUAUUUACAUAUGCAUUAAACAUUCAGCCAAAUGGGGAUCUACAGUGAAACCAGUGGUUACAAAAUAACAGGAACAACAUGUACUUACAGUGCACAGAACACAUUUGAAUAUUUCUAGCCUUAGGCAAUUACAUCAUUCCUGAAACCACGUGUGUCGAAAUCAGGUUUAUGGAUUUUCAUGGCAGAGAAUUAAGACUGAUUAAGCUAAGUCUGAUUACUGACCUACUGCAGGUAGACCUUUUACAGUUUAUUGCAAUCUAAUACAACAGCCCCACAUGAAUUUAAAGUGAGACAAGUUCUAUUUGAGGCCCAAUCUUGGCUUAUCACAGGAAAAAAAGAUACGAUUUUGAAAUAUUUUUAAAGUAAUUUCUCUUGAAAGCUUGAUUGAUCAGAUUAUUGAACAGUAUAUAAAAGCAAUUCAUUUAUAAUCCUGACUAAAUUAUCAAUUAUCUUUCGCAGGAGGGAUCCCUGCAAAAAAAAAAAAUGCUAACAGAGCUGUGCCAAAAAAACAGUUAUCCCAGUUAUAAUUAGAGUUGAUAAACUCUUCCAGAAUAAAGCUUGUAGGGGAAAGAGUAGAGGCGCUAUUUUACAAGCAAACGUCAUAUAUUUGAAAGGUGUGCCGUGUUUCUUUUGCUGACUACACUGAUCAGAUUUACCACCUCAGCUGAAUAAUACAUUUGUUAAUUAUUUGCCUCUACUAGGGGUGUCACAAUAUGCAUUUAUCGAACUGUGAUACAAAAUAAAUUAAAUAUCGUUAAAGCUACAUUUGACUGAAAACAUUAAAAAAAAAAGAAUCUAUAGAUGUUCCCAUUACAGCCUUACCGUGAUAAUCAUGUAGUGAAAAUCUGAUAUUGUGACAGCACCAGUCUGACUUCAUAUCCUUUACUAACUCACAAAACUGUAACUUGAAUUUCUUUGCUCAUUUGUCACAGAAAUCUCAACUCAACUUGUGAUCUUGUUGUAUAGGAUUACAUUAUAUGUAAAGGUGUUUCCUGUUGUUUUGUAGAGCAAUUCACAUUUUGCACCUUUAAGAAAUUGCUUUUAAAACUUAAGGAUUGUUAUGGGCCACGUUCAGCAUUAGCUACUUUUCUUAGCAUUUUUGUCACAAUUUUGCUCGCCUGUUUAAUCCAGCCAAAAUUAUGAAAGGUACCACAGACACGUUGCCUUAUCCUGCAGCUGACAAGCCAAGUAAGCAGUAGCAGUUGACAUUUGCAGUGGCCUUGCGCAGGGAAGACCACAACAUUAACUCUGGGGAAACUGGAAAUGUCAGUUUGAGUUUGGUUUUCUUGACUCAGCGGCAGGAAUUUCUUAGAAGCCAGAUAAAUGCCUUCCACCCUGCUGUGUCUUACAUCACAGCAUGACAAGCUGGUACUUUUAAUUACUUUUCCACAGGUUUUUAUUAAUACUUAAUUAUGUCUUUACUAGCAGCAAUGAUCAAGUAAUAACACUCAUAACAGAUUAUCCAAGCACCACAUAAACAUGCUGUUUUUGUUCAAGCUCACUCCAUCAAAAAGGGAAUUCAUGUUUGUGUUGUUCUUUGUGUUUACAGUACAAAAUGUAGUAAAGCGUAUUUGCACCCAAAAUGGCAACAAACAUCAUUGUGGAAAGUACCUCAGGGAGAAGGGGUGUUAAUAAAAAAAAAAAAAAAAAAAACUACUGUGGCCUUAAAACACUUCUAGCUGUGUCACAUGAUCCACGACUCAGGAAAAAACCAAAGCUACCAGCAUACACUGAUCCUGUAUUUUUGUGGUUUUACUGUUGUGACUUUGUGUAAUAAAAUGUGUCAUUUUAGUGA